AUGGCUCUAGAUAUUAGCAAAGAUACACUUACUAGCUUUCGGGCCGUUAAGACUUUCAAGCCUGGUGAUAAUGAAGUCGCUCCUGUCACUUCAUUAAACUUUGACGAUCAUGGCCGGUACUUACUGACGGCAUCGGCUAACGACAACAUGCACCUGUACGACGCUAUGAAUUGUAGAUUUCUCAACACUGUAGCGUCCAAGAAAUAUGGGUGCCAUUCGGCCAAAUUUACGCACUCGCAGAAUGAGUGCGUCUAUUCUUCCACGAUGAAAAGUUUCGACAUUCGACAUCUAAACCUUGAAACUAACCAAUAUCUACGGUAUUUCACCGGUCAUGGAGCGCUGGUUAGUGAUCUGGAAAUGAGCCCGCUAAAUGACACAUUUCUGUCGGCCUCAUACGACGAAUCGGUACGACUAUGGGAUUUGCGCACUUCCAAAGCCCAAGCCAUUGUGCCAAGCCUUGUACCCAGUUGCAUCGCAUACGACCCAAGCGGGCUUGUGUUCGCUCUCGGGAAUCCAGAAAAUCACGAAAUUGGUCUUUACAACCUCAAACAACUGAAAAAUGGACCCUUCCUUGUAAUCAAGAUAAAUCCUAGCUUUCAUCAGUGGUCCAAACUCGAAUUCUCUAACGACGGAAAGUACAUUUUAUUAGCUUCCUCGGCGGGUAAACAGCUAAUACUGGAUGCGUUCGAUGGCUCUCAACUCUUUGAGUUAUCGGGAACCCGACCAUUUCCUCUGAGGGAGUUCAUGGAUGCUGGGUCGGCGUGCUUUACGCCAGAUGGUGCAUUCACACUUUGUACUGAUUAUUCCGGCAAAAUUGCCAUUUUCCAUCAUUCCGAGGCCAUCAGCGGCAAGACCUUGAAACCUUGCGGCUCCAUUGGCGCCGCGCCAGACUCCUGUCCCAGAACUAUUGCAUUCAAUCCAAAAUAUAGCAUGUUUGUCACUGCUGAUGAAAGCGUUGAUCUAUACGUAUUUGAUAAACCUACAUAG